AUGACUGUAUGGACAUGGCUAAUAUUGAUGUGUAGCUGUUUACUCUCAGAGACAGGCUGCCAUCAUUCAUGUGGCAUUUGGAGCAGCAGGAUACCCGAUCUCCUUUACAUCGCUGUAAAACAUCGUAUCGAUAACACAAAAAGAAUGACAAAAAUUAACGGCCGCGUUGUUUGCCGAGAUCUAGGCAGCAGAAUGAAAGCCUUGGUUGGUUCUUGUCAGGCAGAACUUUGCUCACAUGAGCACUCGCACAGUAUCUACUCAAUAGAGCGGCGUGAAUUUGUGAUAAAUGAUGACAUCAAAGGUGGCGACGGGUCAAGUCAGUUCACUCGUGUUCAGCUUGCAGUCGUCCGCUGA